GUGGUCAGGCCCACUCCAAUGGGCGGUGCCGCGGCGACCUGAAGUUCCCGGCUGCCUGUGCGGCGGCGGUGGUUGGGUGGUAAGAUGGCGGCUGUGAGUCUGCGGCUCGGCGACUUGGUGUGGGGGAAACUGGGCCGAUAUCCUCCCUGGCCAGGAAAGAUUGUUAAUCCACCUAAGGACUUAAAGAAACCACGUGGAAAGAAAUGUUUCUUUGUGAAGUUUUUUGGAACAGAAGACCAUGCCUGGAUCAAAGUGGAACAGCUAAAGCCUUAUCAUGCUCACAAAGAGGAAAUGAUAAAGAUCAACAAGGGCAAACGGUUCCAGCAAGCUGUGGAUGCUGUUGAAGAGUUCCUCAGGAGAGCCAAAGGGAAAGACCAGACAUCAUCCCACACUUCUGCUGAUGACAAGAAUCGGCGUAAUUCCAGUGAGGAGAGAAGUAGGCCAAACUCAGGUGAUGAGAAACGCAAGCUUAGCCUGUCUGAAGGGAAGGUGAAGAAGAACGUGGGAGAAGGAAAGAAGAGGGUGACUUCAGGCUCUGCAGAGAGAGGCUCCAAAUGCCUUAAAAGAGCCCAGGAGCAAAGUCCCCGGAAGCGGGGUCGGCCCCCAAAGGAUGAGAAGGACCUCACCAUCCCGGAGUCUAGCACUGUAAAGGGGAUGAUGGCCGGACCAAUGGCUGCAUUUAAAUGGCAGCCAACUGCAAGCGAGCCAGUCAAAGAUGCAGAUCCUCAUUUCCAUCAUUUUCUGCUGAGCCAAACAGAGAAGCCAGCUGUCUGUUACCAGGCGAUCACAAAGAAGUUGAAAAUAUGUGAAGAGGAAACUGGUUCCACCUCUAUCCAGGCAGCAGACAGCACAGCCGUGAAUGGCAGCAUCACACCCACAGACAAAAAGAUAGGAUUUUUGGGCCUUGGCUUAAUGGGAAGUGGCAUCGUCUCCAACUUGCUAAAAAUGGGUCACACAGUGACUGUCUGGAACCGGACUGCAGAGAAAUGUGAUUUGUUCAUCCAGGAGGGGGCCCGCCUAGGAAGAACCCCCGCUGAAGUUGUUUCAACUUGUGACAUCACUUUCGCCUGUGUGUCGGAUCCAAAGGCAGCCAAGGACCUGGUGCUGGGCCCCAGCGGUGUGCUGCAAGGGAUCCGCCCUGGGAAGUGCUAUGUGGACAUGUCAACGGUGGAUGCGGAUACUGUCACCGAGCUGGCCCAGGUGAUUGUAUCCAGAGGAGGGCGCUUUCUGGAAGCCCCAGUCUCAGGGAAUCAGCAACUGUCCAAUGACGGGAUGUUGGUAAUUUUAGCAGCCGGAGACAGGGGCUUAUAUGAGGACUGCAGCAGCUGCUUCCAGGCAAUGGGGAAGACGUCCUUCUUUUUAGGUGAAGUUGGCAAUGCAGCCAAGAUGAUGCUGAUUGUGAACAUGGUCCAAGGGAGCUUCAUGGCUACCAUCGCUGAGGGUCUGACGCUGGCUCAGGUGACAGGCCAGUCACAGCAAACACUCUUGGACAUCCUCAAUCAGGGACAGUUGGCUAGUAUCUUCCUGGACCAGAAGUGCCAAAAUAUCCUACAAGGGAACUUUAAACCUGACUUCUACCUGAAAUACAUUCAGAAGGAUCUCCGCCUGGCUAUUGCACUGGGUGAUGCAGUCAACCACCCCACGCCCAUGGCAGCUGCAGCCAAUGAGGUAUACAAAAGAGCCAAGGCACUGGACCAGUCUGACAAUGAUAUGUCUGCCGUGUAUCGAGCCUACAUACACUAAUCCUUGCCCACCCAAAUACCCCUCCCUUCUUCCCUCUGGCCUCUCUUCCCAAUGUGGGGUCAGGGUUCUGGGACUUAGCUCUGGACCAGUCACCUGUCUCCAUUUCCUUUUAUACAGACUUUGAGACUUGCAUCAGCACAGUAAACAGCAGCACUCCCCUCCCUGAGGCCCUGGGCAGGGGUUUAAGGAUCUCCACAGGUGGCUGUGAAGAAGCUCUUGAGCUGGGCAUUGGCCCUGGAGCAGGAGGCUGUGUAUUCUCCCUCCCUCCCUCUCUCUCUGUCUCUGUCUCUCUCUUUCUCUCUCUGUCUCUCCCUCCCCUCUCUCUCUCUCUCCCCCUCUCCCCCCCCCCCUCUCUCUUUCUCUCUCUCUCUCACCCACCCCAGGAUACAAGCUGCCCAGAAACUGCUGUCUGGCUGUUCUUCCUCCAAGUUUGUCUUCUCUCAUCCCCCUUCUGGCCAAGGGACUAGAGUUGGCAGGGAGCACAGGAAGCCGUCUCCCAGCUUUCCCAGGAAGGGCUGGCAGAGGGUCCAUAGCCCCCACUGGACCCCUGGAAGGAGAGGCCCCUUGAGCCAUCAUGAACCAGCAGAUUCCCAAGGAGGCACUGUGGCCUCCAGCUGAGGAUUUUCCUAUAGACACUACCAUUACGCAGCACCUCCCAGGACACCUUUGUGAACUGAAGAGAGACCAGCGUGGCCACACAGACACCUCUUCAGAGGGAGCAGAGUCCACAGGCUCCCACUCCCUGGCUGCUGGCUCUAUGGCUGGAGCUUGCUUUUUCCCAGGAAGUUUUGUUUGGAUUUGCAUUCCAGCCUAUGGGAAGGGGUCUUGAGGGCACUGGGAGCAGUGGAGUGUGAGGGUGGCCCCUUCCUCCUUUCCGUUAAUGUCGUCUUUAGCUGGGCCACCUGUUCAGCCUGCUCUACACAGGUCCCCUGCAUGCCCCUCUUUCCCUUUUCCUCCCAUGGAGAUAGUAUUUCUGUCCCAUCCUGUUUUGGCCCAGACCCAGCCUGACCAACACCAAUCAAUAAUAAACACUUCAUAGAUGAGCACUUCAUAGGCUGGGCUUUAGAGCUGGAACCUCACUUCUGCCAGUAUCAAUGGUUCCAAAUCCUGGGUUUGUUGGGACGGAAGAGAAUUGGGCCUUGUUCUGCUAACCUAGCUGCCCCUCAGAGGUGGAGUCAGUCAUCUGUAGGCCCUAGCAUUUCUCCUUGGAGAGGGACCAGAGAGGCCUAGAAUGUCACAUGAGAGGAAUCACCUGAGGUGUCUGCCUUCCUCCUCAUGAGUUUGGAUUUCCAAAGCCACAAUUUGACUUCCACUGGGAAGAACCUGGGAUAAAGAUUUCAGGACAUGGGCAUGGAGCAAAGAAUGCUUGUGGGGUUCAGCACAAUUGCUCAUUCAGUGGGAUGCUGAGCCUGUUUUCUGUCUGGACACAUCCUGUCUUGGUCCUGGGGGUUGGGGGUGGGGAAUAUGCUGUAAGGAAACCGGUUAGUCAAUGUUGUCUUAAUAUUGUUGACAAUUCUGUAAAGUUCCUUUUUAUGACUAUUUCUGUUUAAGCUAUUUCACCUUUUGUUUUGAAAUCCUUCCCUUUUAAGGAGAAAAUGUGACAUUGUGAAAAUGCUUGUAAGAAAGCCCCUCCUCCCCUUUUCCUUUAAAUGACAAAUCUAGGUGAUUAAGGUUGUGAAUUUUUAUUUUCGCUUUGUUUUUAAUGAGCAUUUGUCUUUCGGAAUAGGAUUGUGUGAUAAUGUUUAAAUGGCAAAAACAAAACAUGAUUUUGUGCAAUUAACAAAGCUACUGCAAGAAAAAAGAAAAAUAAAACAUUUCUUGGUA